AUGUCUGAACUGGAGGAAGAAAUUGAUGCUCUGGUUGCUGCUGAUGCAACAGAAGAAGGUGAAGAACUUGAUGACACUAUCAAGAUCCCAGUUGUCUCAGAAGAGCUACCAGAGUCAGACCAAACGGAAGACAAUGAUUCUGAACAAAAAUUACCUGGUGAUGGCCGUGAACCGCAUGCUAAGGAGCAGAGUGACCAGGGCUCUUCAGGCGAAGAAGAAGUAGGCUUGGAAGAGGUUACACCAUCUGAACAAGUUUCAGAUCCCAAGCUAGCUGGAUUUGAUCCAGCCAAACGGUAUUCCAGUGAUUAUUAUCAGACAUUCAUGGAGAAAAUAAGGUCUGUCAGAGAAUCUGUGAGAUCAUCAGUGAUAGAUUCUACAGCAACAGUAAAAGUUGUACUUCUUCCUGUGAGCCAGGAAAUUAUAAUUUCUUUUAAAAUUGAAAACUUUUUAAAACAACUCAAGGAUCAUUUUUCAUACUUAUUGAAUGUGCCAUCGGAUGUACUGCAGUUAAGGUGUGCAGGAAAGAUUCUUAAAAAUAAUGAGACUCUACUACAAUAUGGAGUUAAGCCACAGGACACUGUACAAGUGGAUAUCUAUUCCACUCUUCCAGACCUAUAUCCAAUCAAAAGAAUAAAAAGAUUACAUGACCCCGAAACCAUAGUUGUCAGAAUACAAACUGGCAUUAAUCAGUACCAGUGUAUAGCUGUUGAAAUUAUAAAAUCUGACUUUCACAAACCAUUUCUUGGUGGAUUCAGACAUAAACUAACUGGAAUAGAAUAUCACAAUGCUGGAACCCAAACUGUACCUAAAAGGAUUCCUGGAAAAGGCAAUUUAUUUUGUAGGGAUACCCAGACAGUUUUUCAGAGAAAAAAGCUCCAACAAACUACAAAUACAACAUCCACACAGAUGACUAAAAUUGGUGUAUAUGUUUCAAAUAUGACUGAUAAACUGCUAAAACCAGGAAAAUAUUUUACAGCAAGAGAAUAUCAUGCUCGAAGAUUAAAUGCGGUAAUAGUGUUACAGACUUACUAUAGAAAAUGGCAUGCUAAAGUCUUUGUAGAUAAUCUAAGAAGACAAAAAAUGUUAAAGUUGAAGUGGCAAGAAGAAGAAGAACUAAGAAAGAUAAGAGAAAAAGAAGAAUGGUUGAAAAUGGACUAUCAGCGGAGGCAUAAUCCUAAAACAAAAGAAGAUUUUGAACUUCUUUAUAAUGCACUAGAACUCUGGCGACAAGAAGAACUGGAAUACAUUAACCAGGUUCUCUGUGGCGCUGACAGGAAAGCUGCUUUGUGCGAACUUCUGGAAAAAGAGACCCAAAUCAUUGCUUCCAUUGGGAGGCACAGACACAUCGCUUUCAUGGCAAACCAGGACGCCAUCAUACAGGCUUUUUUGAAUAAGUGUUCAGCUCCGAAAACAUGGAGAAGAGUCGAUGGCAAAAUAAUUGAGAUGGAUACACAGUUCACCAUCAGAGCCAGAGAGCUUCAAAACAUCUAUAAGUGCAUUAUGCUGAAAAAUCUCUCGCAAGAUGAGAGACUGGACGUACUCUUAACACUUAAACAUACUGUGAAGGAACAUGAAUGUAAAUUGACUCAGGAAAUUCUAGAAUUGAUUGACAGAGAGGUUGACCUUAUGAUGAGAGGAGUCAAAGAUGAUAACCUUGAAGGGCUCAGAAAGAGAAUUGUGACAUUGUUUUUUCAUUACAUCAAAACACCUUUGUUUAAUGCAGAAGUUGCAAGACACCUUAAGGUCCCUCAAGAUCCACUGAAAUAUUAUAAGAAGAUUUACUUUUGCCACAGUUGCCAGCUCUACUUACCGUCGACAGAGUUUGCUAUAUCAUCCACCGCACACCGUGUAUAUCGGUGUCGUAACUGUAUUAGCCUUGAUAAUGAGACUCGACAACGGGAAUCAUUUUUGAAGUACAAAUAUUUACUUAAGCGGCUCUACUAUUCAGAAGUUAAUUAUGAAGAUGAUUCUACAAUUGCUUUCCUGAUACAGCUGCAAGAUAUUCAGUACCUAGUAGAGAACAUCUGGGUGUCCCAGUCAGCACUCAGUGCCUGUAAUGACCUCAACGACCUGGUCCUGGUCAGGUGGGACAAGGCCGUGGAGUGGUCCCCUUGGAACUGCAUUCUCCUCACCAAAGAUGAAGCUAUUGCUCACCUCAAGCUAGCAAGUAUUGAAGAGGGAUAUGAACAAUUGUUCAUUCACAAGAUCAAACACAAACAUAUCCUGGCUAAGAACUACUUUGCACAGAUUCCAGUCCUGGCUUCUUUUUUACUUGAUGAUAAGGAAGUAGCUGGAAUCAGAGAGAGAUAUCAUGAAGACACAUCACCUAAGAUUAUAGAGCCCCAGGCGCCUGCCAGUCCUUAG